AGGAAAGAGAGUAAGAGAGAGGAGAUAAGAAGUUUGCCUGGCUGCUAAUCUGUCUAUCUCUCGCCGCCCGUCUGUCAUCACCUCACGCACAACCAUUUCAAUGUGACGGAAAAAUAAGGAAAAUACAACACGGAACAACAUUAACCCCACCCCCAAAAAAAAAAAAAUAAAUAACUCACCUCUUAUUAUGACGUGAAAAGAAAGAAACAAACUAAAACAACACGGUUCUUCUCUCUUUUCCUCCUCCUGUUUCACUUUCUCUCUCACUUCAACGAUCUCCAAUUUCCCUCCACAACAAGACCAGUACGUAACCUGGAUUUAUCUCUUCUCCGUAGCCGAUAAAUUCCCCCCAACAUAGGAAGAGCAGAAGCCGCAACACAGGAACGAGAAGCAAGGAACUUAAUUUUACCACAAACUGAGGAGAUAGGGAGACACAGAGACACAUAGAGACAGUUAAUACAUUCCAGUGAGCAAAGAGAGGAGACUGGCGCCGCAGCAAGGGGGUCAUAAGACGCGUCGAAGAAGAGUAAACACGAAACACUUAGUAAUGUAAUAUAGAAAGACUGAACCAAUAUUUUCUCUUGGUACUGGCGGAAAAGUUAACAAGUGGAGGCGUAACUCUUGUAACUAAAUUAACCUAACCUAACGUAAUACUCACCCUUCACCGCCGCCACACCACGAGUCUCCACCACCCCGCGUGCCCACCACACCACCACAACACCCCCAAAACUUAGUCAAACAGGAAGAAUCUGAGACUGUAAAUUCACGAUGGGUUCAAAAACUACUACUGCUACUGCUGCUGCUACUUCUGCUGCCACGAGGACGCCGCCGCUGCUUCGCCCUUCCCUGCACCGCCACCUGCUCCUCCUGCUGCUCUCCUCGCUCCUCGCCAGGCCAGGAUCAGCGCUUAAAUGGAUCCGAUUCCACGUGCCGGAGUGGGCGGUGCGAGGCGGGGAGGUGAUGCUAACGUGCCAAUUCGAUCUCGCGCAGGACCGUCUAUACUCCGUCAAGUGGUACAAGGCAGGGCGUGAGUUCUAUCGCUACGUGCCCGCCGAGAAGCCGCCCAAGCAAGCCUUCCCCUUCAAGGGCGUGACGGUGGAUACGGAGAAGAGCAGCGCCCAGCACGUGGCUCUGAAGGGCGUCACGCUGGACACCGCGGGCCGCUACAAAUGUGAGGUGCUGACGGAGGCGCCGCUCUUCAAGACACUCGUCAAGUCCUCAACCCUCAUGGUGUACGAGCUUCCAGACGGGGGGCCCAAAGUGCAGGGAGGGCAGGAGCAGUACAGGACAGGUGAGGUGGUUAACCUUACCUGCGAGGCUCCUAAAUCCAUCCCAGCCACCACCCUCACCUGGUACAUCAAUGAUCAGCAGGCGCCGCAGGACUACCUGGUGGAGUAUCACCCUCACCCAGACGCCGAGGGCCGCGUCGCCUCCCGCCUAGGACUUCGCUUCAACGCCCAAGAGUGGCACUUCCCGGACGGUCGACUGGCAUUACGCUGCUCCGCCUCUCUGCAUCCACUCUACCGCAAGGAGGCUCACCAUGAGGGCAUUGUGGCGCCUCGGAGCCCUCUCAGUUUGGGCCAUGAUGCUAGUGGUUGUUCCCUCGCGGUGGUGAAUGUGGUGAUGGUGGUGGUGAGUCUUCUCCUGGCCCUCACCACUCGCCACUAACACCAUGGACACCCUAGUCACCAUUUCCAAGGCCUACGGUGGUGAUGGUGCUUAUAUGGUGCCAGUAUUCCCUCUCCCUCUCUCUCUCCCUCCCCUCUCACCAUCCUUCGCCAUCACCACUUCUCUAUUUCUUGUGGUGGUGGUGAGACGUGUGGUGACGGGUUUUCAAUGGUGCCAUAAAUCUUUACACUGUCAUCCCUCUCCUUGUCAUCACUAUUAUGUUCUGUGGUGGUGAUAAUGGUGAUAGUGGUGAUGGUGAUGAGGUCUCAGUCAUCACCUGUUAUCACGGUUGCCUUAGAUGUGGUGAUAUGAUGGUGAUGGGGGUUAAGAAAUCUGUCAUCACUAUCAUUUCAGUUAUGGUGAUGAUAUGGUGUUGUAAAACAUUACGAAUCGCCAUAAUUGAAGUGAUAGUGAUGACUGUUCAUUCUUAUUUCCUGUCAUCACCACUGCCUUAAGUAUGGUGAUAUGAUGGUGACAGGAGCUAUGAAUCAUCUAACAUCACUAUCACUUUAGUUUUAGUGAUGAUAUGGUGUAAGACCUUAAGCAUCACCACCACCACCACUGCUAUUAUGGUGCGUGGUGAUGAUGGUGAAUAAUGGUGACAGAUCAUCACCAUCACUACUAUCACCACUUACUAAAGCAAUGGUGACGGUGAGAGAGGUGAUAUUACUCUUACGUCACUUUCACCACACUCUCACUAUCAUCACCAUCAGCAAGUGGUGACAAGGAGGGGAGUGAUGGUGACAGUAUGGUGCAUUCUAGCUUCAUGGCGGUAUAUUAAUGGUGAUGCUGCUUCAAGUGGGAUAAAAAAAAAAAAAAAAAAGUAAAAAAAAAAAA